ACUGAUGUAAAUGACAGCUACAAUACUAAAGGUUUACACUGUUCAGGCCCUUCAUUUAAUUAAAGGCCAAACCGCUUUAUACCUUUAAACUUUAGCCUAUAUGUCAACUAUACGUAAUCAAUAUGUGUUACUUUAUUGUCACUUAUGAAAACCACUGCUUAUGAAAGAUGCCCGUGCAAUUACACACUACACUAGAAUCUCCCACUUUUACUGCUUAAUAACCGCUCUGACUCAAAUAAUCCAGGCUGGCCUCUGGUAUCAUUCGCCUCUGACGCGAGAAGUCCAAAAGGCACAUGUUAUGAAGUUACAGUUAAUGGGUAGGGGAUUUCAUUGAUAAGGCAUACAGUAUUUCAGAGUUGACUGUAAUUACACCAAGUCACUGAGAACCGCAGAUUUUGAAUGGCUUGUCUAACUAGCGUGUCUUUGUUGCUGUUCGGCUCAUUGAAACUGUAAAACAAGCUGGUUUCCAAACUGGUAAUGAACUUCCUUCUGGUAAGCUUACUUCAUGACCCUUAGAGGUUUCUGGUGAUGAUCAUUGUGCACGAAAGAGCAAAGUCUAGAGGGCCAUAAAGAGAUGAGCACAAGGGACACUUCCUUGUUGGUGUCAUACAAGUGAAUUGGAAAACUUGGAUUUGGACAGUUCUCGAAAGCGGCAAGUGUGAAGCGCUAUUCCCAGAUGUCUGUGAUCUAAAGGAGAUUGUCCAAAUGGUGAUGUUUAAAAAGGGAGAUCAUGUCUGGAUUAACACCAGCAAUGGGGUCUCUAUUGGAGCUUGUGUGAAGGUCUCAGAAAAUGGACAGUAUUUUUUGCUUGAUGAUGAUGGCAAGCAACACAAGCUGUCAGAGGGUGAGAAGUCGAAGCUUAGUCUUAUGCACCCCACCUCAGUGGAGGGGGUGGAUGACAUGAUCAGACUCGGGGAUCUCAGUGAAGCCGGCCUGCUCAGGAAUCUACUGAUGCGCCACAAACAGGGCAUCAUCUACACCUAUAUCGGCUCUGUACUGGUGGCAUUGAAUCCCUAUCAGUUGCUGCCUAUCUACACUACGGAUCAGGUCCACUUGUAUCAUGGGCGUAAACUUGGAGAGUUGCCACCUCACAUCUUUGCCAUUGCUGACAAGUGUUACUUUAACAUGCGCCGCAAUCAGCGCAACCAAUGCUGCAUCAUUAGUGGAGAAUCUGGCGCAGGAAAGACAGAGAGCACUAAACUGGUGCUUCAGUUCUUGGCCGCUGUGAGUGGUCAGCAUUCCUGGAUUGAACAGCAGAUCAUACAGGCCAACCCUAUUCUGGAGGCCUUUGGAAACGCCAAAACUGUUCGUAAUGAUAACUCCAGCCGUUUUGGUAAAUAUGUGGAGAUCUUCUUUAAUAAAGAGGGUGCUAUAGAGGGGGCUCAUAUGGAGCAGUACCUGCUGGAGAAGUCUCGUGUCUGUCAUCAGGCACCUCAGGAGAGGAAUUACCACAUUUUUUAUUGCAUGUUAGCUGGAAUGCAACCUGAGAAAAAGAAAAUUCUGUCUCUUGGUGAUGCAUCUGAAUUCAAGUACCUGAAUGAGGGUGAUUGUUUGACAUGUGAUGGUCGGGAUGAUGCUGAUGAGUUCAGACGUAUUUCUGCCGCUUUGAAAAUUCUUGCCUUUUCAGAGAAGGAUUGCUGGGAAAUUUACAAGUUACUUGCUGCCAUUCUCCACAUUGGCAAUAUUGACUUUGAGGGCACUGUACUGAAUAACAUGGACAGCUGUGAUGUCCUAUCAUCUAAUCAUUUUUCUAUCACUGCCACGUUAUUGGAGGUAGAAAAGACUCAUCUUGAAAAGAGUCUUACCCAUCGUUCCUUCAUGACAAACCGAGAGAAAGUCUCAAAACCCCUGAGCUCAGCUCAGGCCUCGGACUCCAGAGAUGCUUUUGCUAAGGCCAUAUAUGGAAAGUUGUUUUUGUGGCUGUUUACCAAAAUGAACGGCACCAUUCACAAACCCCAGACAGGCGAUUCUUUAAACAUAGGCCUGCUGGACAUUUUUGGAUUUGAGAAUUUCAAUAAAAACAGUUUUGAGCAGCUGUGCAUUAACUAUGCCAAUGAGCAGCUACAGCAGUACUUUGUGAGGAACAUCUUUAAACUGGAGCAGGAGGAAUACAGCAAAGAAGAGAUCUCAUGGAAGCGCAUUGGUUUCAAAGACAACCAAAAGACCCUGAACCUGCUGGCCCUUAAACCUCUUAACAUACUGGCACUGGUCGAUGAAGAGAGCCUCUUUCCCAAGGGUACUGAUACCACUAUGUUAAAUAAAAUGAACCAUCAACACAAAGGAAACAAGCUUUAUAUCUCACCCAAGGGCAACCACAACUUGUAUUUUGGGGUUCAUCACUUUGCUGGGGCAGUUUACUAUGACUGCAGAGGGUUUCUUGAGAAGAACAGAGAUGCCCUGAGCAUGGACAACAUGGAUCUAAUACGUAAAUCUUCAAACAAUCUGCUAAAGCAGAUCUUUGGAGCCGAGCAGCAAAUCAAAACCCAGCAAAUUGCCAUGACGCCAAUAAACUCACUACGGAUGGUAAAUGAUUCAAGAAGAGCAAUAACAACCCUGACCGGUCAGUUCCGUCAGUCUCUAGACUCUUUAAUGAAGGCUCUGUCUCUGUGUGAACCCUUCUUCAUCCGUUGCUUCAAACCAAAUGACAAAAAGAUGUCCAUGGAUUUUGAUAGAGAGCUCUGCAUGCAGCAAAUACACUAUUCUGGGAUGGUGGAGACUAUUAAAAUACGCAAAGCCGGAUAUCCCAUCCGGCACACCUUUGAAGAAUUCCUGCAGCGCUACCGCGCAUUGCUGAAAACCGUAGACUGUGACCCGAACACUGAGUCUGCAGCCAAUUGCUGUAAAGCUAUCUGCAAGGCAGUGAUCAAAGAUAAAGAUGAUUGGAGGAUCGGCAAGACCAAGAUCUUUCUGAAGGACAAUCACGACUCUUUCCUAGAACUACAGAGGGAACAAGAGCUUCAAAGAAAGGCACUUAUAAUCCAAAAACUUAUGCUUGCUCAUAAGGACAGAAAGAGUUUUGUAAAGAAGAGGAGGUCAGCUCUGGUUUUGCAGAAGUGCUGGCGUGGCCAUAGAGAUAGAAAAGACUUCAUCAAACUCAAGCAAGGAUUUGCUCGACUGCAGGCGAAAGUGCGCAGUCGGCAACUUCACAUGCAGUACAAGCGCAGACGAGCCGCAGCCAUCAUCCUGCAGUCACAAGCUCGUGGGUACAUCGCCCGCAAAGACCUGAAAAAUAAAAAGAAUGCGGUAAUACUACUGCAGGCACAGACCAGAGGACUGCUGGCCAGAAAAACUCUCAGGAAAAUGAAAACAGAUGCGUUCUUGACAGCGCAGGAACGAGAAGCUCGAGAGCUGGAAGCACUGGAGCUCCAGCAACGUCUCGAGGAGGUACUCAGAAAAAAAGAGGCAGCUGCCAAAUCCGACAGUGAAGGUGAUGAGGAAAUGGUGGAAAACAUCUUUGGCUUCCUGCCCACUGCAAUAGCAGGACAAGAGGGUCAGGCACCUGAAGGUUUUGAAGAUCUUGAGGCAGAGCCAAUAAAGUUAGAGGAGGUGGAAAUCAUAGAGAGCCCUGUGAAAGAGAUGAAGGCAGCCCCGUUACAACCAGACAACAAUAAAGAGGAAGAUGAGAAAAAAGAAGAAAAAGACGAUAAAGAAGAAGAAGAAGAAGAAACUGAUGAGUUCUCUUUCUCUAUAUUUGCAUCAAUGCAUUUCAAAGGAUCUUCGACGCACUCGCAUAUCCAGCAAAGACUGCGACAGCCGCUGCUGUAUCAUGAGGAUGAGGGUGAUGCACUGGCAUGUUUGACAGUUUGGUGGAUAAUCCUGAGAUUUAUGGGUGAUCUUCCAGAGCCGAAGAAAGAACGUGCUUCUGCUGUAGCCGACCCCAUCCAAAGGAACCUCAGUCAGAGACAAGCCCGGCGACUGAGUAACACUGUUGGAUUAGAUCAGAAAUUUUUAAGGAGGAAAUUAAAGGUGCCUAAGGGAACCGGCAGGAGAAAACACUCAGCCAUUCCCGAGGAAGAGCCAGAAGCAGAACCACCACCACCACCUAAAAUGCAGCAAGUUCAGGAAGAUGAGGAGGUGCUGUUUGGAGAAGGACCAACUUUUGAUCGUCCACUGACACCUUUGGAGAAAUUGCACAUUAUUGUGGGAUACGCUAUCGUGCGACAAGAUAUAAGAGAUGAAAUUUACUGUCAGAUCUGUAAACAGUUAACAGAUAAUAAAAGCCAGAAAAGUACGAACAGAGGCUGGGUUCUUCUGUCCAUCUGUCUGGGUAUUUUUCCACCUUCUGAUAUCCUUAGUACGUACCUGCGGAGCUUUAUACGCCGUGGGCCAAGUGAAUACUCCUCAUACUGUGCAGAGAGACUGCGGAGGACUUUAGCCAAUGGAGAAAGAAAUGAACCACCAUGCUGGAUUGAACUACAGGCCGUAGAGACCAAGAACCCCAUGAAGGUGGUUGUGGGUCUCAUGGAUAGCAGGAGCAUCAGUUUGCACGUGGACUCGGCCAGCACCUCUAGAGAGGUGUGCGAUGCUGUGAUCCAAAAAAUAAGCCUGAAGGACACCUAUGGCUUCUCACUGUACGCUGCAAUGAAUGAGAAGAUGUGGUCUCUUGGCAGUGGAGGCCAGCACGUUUUGGAUGCUGUGUCAAUGUGUGAGCAAGAAGAAAAGAGGCAGGGCAGAGAGGAACAGCACGCUCCCUGGCGCCUCUACUUUCGCAAGGAGAUCUUCACUCCUUGGCAUGACUGUUCAUCUGACCCCAUCAGCACAGACCUCAUCUACAGACAGAUAAUUCAUGGACUUAAAAAUGGAGACUAUCUUUCUGAUAAGGAGGACGAUUACGUGCAGCUAGCGGCCAAACAUUACUAUAUACAGCACGGCUCUGAAAACAGUUUGGAAACCGCCCAGAAAAUCGUUCAUGAGUGUAUGAACAUGAGUCUGAUUGAAAACAAGUCCAUGGCCAAACUGGUGCAGUUGGUGCACUCGGCGCACACAAAGGGACCGUACAUAAACUCUACUACAGAUGUCAUUGAUGUAAAGUCAGAGGUUGUUCAAUACGCACGGCAGAAGUGGCCAAUCUAUUUCUCCAAGUUUUUUGAGACUUACAAGGUUGCAGGUCCCCCAUUGCCUCAAGAUGAGUUUGUGGUAGUGGCAAACUGGAAAGGGGUCUCCUUUCAGGUUGGGAAAGAAGCUGCCUUUUUGGAGUUUUCAUACCUUGAGCUGUCAAAAAUUGAAUUGUCGAGUGAGGAUAAGUCUGGUGGGAAUGUGUAUUUGACAACGCUGAGGGGGGAGUAUGAACUUAAAGUUGUGAGGGGAAAUGAGCUGGUGGAGCUGGUCAACAUGUUCCUCUCUGAGCUUAAGAGAAGAUCGCUGUAUGCUGUCGCGGUACAGGACUUUACAAGACAAGAUGACCCCACAAUGCUGAACUUCAAAAAGGCUGAUCUACUGUAUAUGAUCAAGGAUGGAGAGUAUGAAGGAAGCUGGAUUAAAGCCAGGAAUGAGAGGACAGGUCAAACCGGUGCUGUUUCCUUAGAUGCUAUUCAGGUUCUGCCGAUCCUAAAUAAACCCACUGAUGAGAUGCUGAAUUUGCUGAAUUUGAACCCAGGACGGAGAAGGUCAAUGGCGCCGAUCAUGCCACAGAAAGAGGAGCUCAAUACAGACAGAGUCGCCCUCAUCACACUAAAAGAGUUCUCAUUUGAUUACUUCAGGCCAUCAGGUAAGGAAGGAGGCCGUAAGGGAGGACCCAAAGAGAAACUGUGGGCCAUCAGUAAAGAGCCACUCAAACAGCCGCUGCUCAAGAGCCUGCAGGGCAACUCAGAGCUCAGCCACCUUGCUUGUGACUCCUUCACUGCUAUCCUGAAAUAUAUGGGAGAUUAUCCAGUUAAACAUGUGCGAACACCCAUAGAUCUCACAAACCAGAUCUUCGGUCCAGCAACAGAAUAUAAUGAACUGAGAGAUGAGAUCUACUGCCAAAUAAUGAAGCAGAUGACCAAUAACAGCAAUGGACUGAGUACGGAGAGGGGUUGGCAGCUGUUGUGGCUGUGCUGUGGUCUAUUUCCACCAAGCCAGCAUUUGUUGAGGCACGUACAGCGUUUCUUGGAGUCAAGACCCAGAGAGCCACUGGCAUCUGCCUGUUUACAAAGAAUGCAAGCUAUGCUCAGUAUUGAGAGUAGAAAGUUGCCUCCUCACCAGGUGGAAGUGGAUGCCAUUCAAAAUAACAGCCCUCAGAUUUUCCAUAAAGUUCACUUUCCAAAUGAUUCAGCUGAUUUAUUUGAGGUGACCACGACCACGAGGAUCAAAGACUUGUGUCGGCAAAUAGCCAAAGACCUCCGCCUUUCCUCGCCAGAUGGAUACAGUCUCUUUGUGAAAACCUCUAAUAAGGUAGAAAGCAUGAACUCUGAGGAGUACUUUUUUGAUAACCUCAGGCAACUAACAGACGUUGUUAAAAAAGGAAAGAAGAACAAAGAAACUGCUCCCACUAUCGUCCCUUAUCUGGUGCUCUUCAUGCGGAAGCUGUGGUUUAAUGUGAUCCCAGGAAAAGACCUAACAGCUGACCUAACCUUCCACUUUCCCCAGGAAGUGCCAAAGUAUUUGCGGGGGUUCCACAGUGUCUCUAAAGAGGACAUGAUCAGCCUUGGAGGGCUGCUGUUUCGUACUCGGGUAGACACGGAUAAGUCUCAGUUUAUCAUGAUCCCUAGAAUGCUAAAGGAUCUGAUACCAGCUGAUCAACAGAAGAUCAUGUCUGCUGAUGAUUGGAAAAAGCACAUCAUCAAUGCAUACAACAAGCAGGCGGGUAUAACAGUAGAUGAAGCCAAAGUUCAGUUCUUGAAGGUGAUCUCACAGUGGCCUACCUUUGGAUGUGCUUUCUUUGAAGUGAAGCAAACGUCAGAGAAGAGUUAUCCAAAUGUUAUCAUUAUAUCAAUUAGCAAGCAAGGAGUCAGCUUCAUCGACCCUAGGACAAAGGAGUUGCUUACAAUGCUUCCAUUCAGUAAGAUUGCUUCCUGGUCUAGUGGAAAAACUUACUUUCACAUGACCAUUGGCAACCUGGUGCAAGGCAACACUCUACUCUGUGAGACCUCAAUGGGUUAUAAAAUAAGUGAUCUCCUGUCAUCAUACAAGGACAUGUAUCUGAAUGAGAGGGUAAUGGUGCGUCCCAGAAAUCAGAUGUUUUCUUAAAUGUGAAUGGAUGUAGGUCUGCUGGAGAUGUGUGGCAUGAUCAUGUUUUAACUUUAUGAGAAGCAUUAUUUCUUUUGGUGUGGUCAAUAGUUUAAACUUGGUAUUGUAUUAAAUUAACAAUUAAACUGUUUUCCCAUAACAUGUGUCAUAAUAAUCACUAGCAGAGUUUCGGUGAAUCAGUUGUUGUAAUCAUCUCAUCUUUGUUGUUUUUGUUUGUGUAUCUGACAUUUAAAAUAAUUUUAUAUGCAUGCAUAUUUAUUUAUUUUUUAAUUUUCUUUAUGCUCAUCCCCUUGCAUUGCAAUGUUACACUAGGUGGCAGUGUUUUUACAGUUUGAUUCAAAAUGUAAGGUACACUUUAAAAAUGACUCAUUCUAAUGUAAUUUUCAAUAAAUGAUUAAUAAUUUGA